CAUAACCUAAGAUAUAAACAAAUAAAAACAAAGUACAAAGUUUUAGUCUGGUUUUAGUUAGAUUAAUAUUUACACAUUAUGUCCGACGAUGAAGAAGUUCAGUACGUGAAAAAGAUUAAAACAAUUCAUUAUGGGUCUUUGGAAGAUUCUGAGAAAGCUAGACUUGAAGCUCAAAGCGAAGAUAGUAAUGAGGAAAAAUCGGCUCCAGCAGCCGCUUCACCUGUACAGGAGCCCUCCGAGUAUAUGGAACUGGAAGAUGCUAUGUCCAGAGAUAAACAAGCUUUAAUUGAAGAAUUUGAAAGAAGAAGGAAGGCUAGAUCUAUUAAUGUGUCUACAGAUGAUGCUGAAGUUAAAAGAAACUUAAGACAAUUGGGUGAAGCAAUUUGUUUAUUUGGAGAAGGUCCAGCUGAUAGACGCUCACGACUUAGAGAUAUACUGAGCAGAAUAGGAGAGGAUGCAGUAAUAAGAAGAGAGGCAGAAGAAGAAAGAAAACAGCACGAGAAAGAUCAAGAAACAACUUGGUACCAUGAAGGUCCAGAUUCACUAAGAGUUGCCAGAUUAUGGAUAGCUCAUUAUUCCCUACCAAGGGCUAAAGAACGGCUUGAAGAAGCAAGAAGAAUGGGCGAGUUACCAGCUGCAACAAAAACAGCCAGAACACAAGAGUUGCAGAAAAAGAUUCAUGCCAUGUCUAUCUAUUGCAGUCAAGUUGGAGAUGUCAGACCCAUAUCCUAUUGUCAAUUUAGUCCUGAUUCAAAAUUACUGGCAACAGCUUCAUGGAGUGGAUUGUGCAAAGUUUGGUCAGUUCCUGACUGCGAAUUAAAACAGACCUUAAAAGGCCACACCUGUAAUGUGGGAGCUAUUGUCUUUCAUCCAAACGCCACUAGUGAAAGUGAAGAGAAAAUCUGCAGUAUGGCAUCGUGUGCAGCCGAUGGUUCUGUUAAAUUAUGGGAUUUUGCGAGCGAAGAACCUAUCGCAGACAUUGAGGGCCACAUGCCCCAUAGAGUUUCAAGAAUAGGAUUUCAUCCUUCGGGGAGAUUUCUGGGAACAUGUUGUUUCGACAAUUCGUGGAGAUUAUGGGACCUACACCAAUGCACCGAGGUGUUGCAUCAAGAGGGGCAUGUUAAACCAGUUUAUUGUAUAUCAUUUCAAGUUGAUGGCUCUGUAUGUGCUACUGGUGGUAUGGAUGCUUUUGCCAGAGUCUGGGAUCUUCGAACAGGACGAUGUAUAAUGUUCAUGGAAGGGCAUCUAAAAGGCAUUUUGGGCAUAGAUUUUUCUUCGAAUGGUUACCAUAUCGCAACAGCUAGUGAAGACAACGCCUGCAAGAUAUGGGAUCUUCGUAAACGUUCCAUUCUUUACACUAUACCUGCACACACCAAUCUAAUAUCCGACGUAAAAUUUCAGAAGUUUACCAGCAACUAUUUAGUGACCGCUUCUUAUGAUAAUACAGUGAAACUAUGGACAAGUAAAACGUGGCAACCUUUGAAGACGUUGUCAGGUCAUGAUGGGAAAAUUAUGUCUGUAGAUAUUGCGCCUAAUGAUCAGUAUAUCGCCAGUAGUUCAUACGAUAGAACUUUUAAACUUUGGACACCGGAAUUGACGCAGUAGUAUUAGUUUAAUUUAAUAAAUAUAUUUUAC